AUGUCAAAUAAUAACACACGUCCAUUAAUAGUUGGACAAGAAGUUCCAGUGACACCUUAUCCAGUUAAGAUGAAAGGUGAAGUGAUCAAAGGAUUUGGACGUGGUAGUAAAGAACUUGGAAUUCCAAAAGCAAAUUUACCAGAAGCAUUGUUCGAAGAAAUUUGUAAAUGUAUGGAACCAGGAAUUUAUUAUGGAUGGGCACAAAAUCAUAACGAGUUGCAACGCUUACACCAACCAUCAUUUUCCUUUAAUGUUAACACAUUCAAAGCUUCAUCAUCUACUACUGCAGAGCGUAAUGUAACUAGCAAACAAAAGAUUAUCAAUAAUAGAGUGUUGAAUGCUAGUAAGUUUCAAAAUCGUAAUGACAGCCAAAAAACUACACGUACAGCAGUAGCAUCAGCGAAUGCUACAACAGCAACAAUCAGACCAUUAAAACUUAGUGUUAAAAGAAAAUCAUCAACAGAUUUAUAA